UUACUUUUUAGCAUUAAAUUGUCAUGCUCUGUGUUUGGAACAGCCUGUAAAAUGCUGAAAUAGGUGAGUUGUAUCUGUCUUCAUAUUUGGAGGUGCUAUUGUGGCGGCUAUGCAGUGAAUUAUUUGGUUGCAUUGGAUUUUGCUUUUUAGGAAGGGUGUGUUUGUACUUUGGAUGGAAGAAUUAUCCUUUCCUCCCCUUCCAACAUACUGUAGUGUAACUUUGGGUAGAGCUGCUUCAAACAUUGCGUGGAGAUUUGAUCACUAUUUUGUGUUGUGGAAAGUCGAAACAGGAAGCAGUGUUUUUUCAGUUGUGGUGCGGCAAAUCUGGUUAUUGAAUUGAAAAUACGAGUGUCAGGGUGUGAGAGUUGGCUUCACUGAAUGCCAGCCUAUACACACUGGUGGGGAAAUGACGAGAUGGAUAUAAUGUCAGAAGAUGCAUUUAAAAAAAGAUAUUAGAAAAGGGCAUAUAUUCUAUGAAAGUGGCAAUUCUUUUUUCUGGUUGAACCAAGUGAUUUACAAGACUCGGCUUUCCUUAAUGCUGUUGUGAAGGUUUACUGCACCCACACUGCCCCGGAUUAUUCACUUCCUUGGCAAAAACAGAGACAAUACACUAGCACUGGAAGUGCAUUUAUGAUUGGAGAUAGGAAACUAUUAACGAAUGCACAUUGUGUGGAACAUGAUACCCAGGUCAAAGUAAAGAAAAGAGGGGAUGAUUCAAAAUAUGUGGCUAAGGUUUUGGCUAGAGGUGUUGAUUGUGAUAUAGCUUUGCUUUCAGUAGAAAAUGACGAGUUUUGGAGAGAUGUGGAACCUCUCACAUUUGGACGUUUGCCACAUCUUCAGGAUUCUGUAACUGUUGUGGGAUAUCCUCUUGGAGGAGACACAAUUUCAGUGACAAAGGGAGUUGUAUCUCGUAUAGAGGUCACAUCAUAUGCUCAUGGAUCGUCUGAUUUGCUGGGUAUUCAAAUUGAUGCAGCAAUAAAUCCUGGUAAUAGUGGAGGCCCAGCAUUCAAUGACCAAGGGGAAUGCAUCGGAGUAGCGUUUCAGGUCUUCAGAUCUGAAGAGGCUGAGAAUAUUGGAUAUGUGAUUCCUACAACUGUUGUAUCUCAUUUUUUGAUCGACUAUGAAAAGAAUGGCAGGUAUACUGGUUUCCCUUGCCUUGGAGUACUUAUACAGAAGCUAGAGAACCCUGCACUACGAGCAUGGUUGAAAGUACAGUCCAAUGAGGGGGUAUUGGUACGGAGAGUUGAACCUACUUCUGAUGCAAUUAACGUAUUAAAAGAGGGUGAUGUGAUUGUCAGCUUUGAUGAUGUUCGUGUUGGUAGUGAAGGAACAGUCCCAUUCAGAACAAAUGAGCGAAUAGCCUUUCACUUCCUCAUCAGUCAAAAAUUUUCAGGUGAUACUGCAGAGCUUGGUAUCAUCAGAGCAGGGUCAUUUAUGAAAACUAAAAUUGUUUUAAACUCACGAGUCCAUUUGGUUCCCUAUCACAUUGAUGAAGGUCAGCCUUCCUAUCUAAUAAUUGCUGGUUUAGUGUUCACACCCCUCUCAGAGCCAUUGAUUGAGGAAGAAUGUGAAGACUCUAUAGGGCUAAAAUUAUUGGCAAGGGCGCGUUAUUCAUUAGCAAGGUUUAAAGGGGAGCAAAUUGUAAUUCUUUCGCAGGUCUUGGCAAAUGAAGUCAACAUAGGUUAUGAAGACAUGGGCAAUCAGCAGGUUGUAAAAUUCAAUGGAACUCGAAUUAAAAACAUUCAUCACCUUGCGCAUCUCGUUGAUUCAUGCGAGGACAGGUAUCUGCGAUUUGAAUUUGAAGAUAGCUAUGUAGCUGUUUUAGAGAGAGAAGCUGUUGCUGGUGCUUCAUCCUCCAUACUGAGUGAUUAUGGAAUCCCAUCUGGAAGAUCAUCUGAUCUUUCAAAACCUUAUGUUGAUACACUAGAAGGUGAUCAACCAGGGAACCAGGAAUUUGGUGAUAGCCCAGUUUCAAAUUUUGAAAUUGGCUCUGAUGGACUACUCUGGGCGUAAGAAACUUGCACCUGAUGGUAUCACUGAAAUCUCACGGGGCGGCGUUAUUCGAAGCAAGCAAUCUCAAUUUUGGCUGCAGAAUGAGCUGCAUAAGUAUGAAGCAACCUUAAUGUGAAGACAUGAAUGCUUAUAUGCUACACUGGGGCAUAUCAGAAGCGACCUAUUAGGGUAGGACUGUAAGAAAGAGAGCUCAUAAUUAUUUCUUUCUCUUUUUAGUUUUAUUCUUGUGUCAAUCUUCUUGAUUUGAUGAACCUGAAUGAUCACUUCGGGUUUGAAGUCUAAAUUUUUUCACACAUUCUAUAUUUUUAAGGAAAUAGUGGACAUAGGAGUGACUCGAAUACCUCUUUGAUGUAAUCAAUGUAACAUUUUUCAAUACAUUGAUUUUACAUUUGUUCUGAUUGAAGUUAAAAUUAUAUCAAUGUCACAUUUAUGAAAUUAUCAGUGCUAAGUUUGAGUA